UUGAGGCCUGUGUACCUGAAAGCUUCCUCCCUGACACCAGCUGCCAUAUUGCCUGAGGCCUGUGCAACCCACAAACGGAUACAAGGACCAAGUAUCCUGGGCGAGAGAUGGUAUAACACAAAGGAGCCAUGAAGAGCGGUGGCAGCCUACCACAGGAGGAAAAUCUACCGCAGAGCUUGCUUCUCCAUGGUAGUCCUGUGGACAUCACAAAGCGAAUGGACGAGAGCUCUGUCUGUCACAUUCCAGCCCCUUGACCUCUGGUUUAUGAUUAUCCAGGAGCCAGCCAAUGAGGCACCAGCCCAAGUCUAUUCCCCAGAGGUGGGGCAAGCCCUGGCAGGUUCUGGAUGUCAUCAGUGACUGAGGCCCUUCUGGACACUCAGCUGUAGUAGCAGCUAGGAGGACAGAGAGACAAGAUUACUGAAACUUGCUAUGGGAAAAUGGGAUUCUGGUAUGAAGAGGAAGCACAACUGGGAACUGCAUCUUCCUUCCAUGGGGUAUCAACUCCAUGUACCACAGAUCGGGGAGCCUGUAACUGGGGCUACGAGGCAGCAAUACAAACAGACCUGGUGUCUCUCGUGGAUGCUUAGAUUUGAGACAAAAUUUUCCCAUGGCUUCUUUUCGCAUUCGUCAAUUCCAGGAGAGGGACUACAAGCAGGUCGUGGAUAUGUUCUCCAGGGGCAUGGAAGAGCACAUCCCCACUGCCUUCCGACACUUGCUGACACUGCCCCGGACUCUCCUGCUCUUAGCUGGGGUGCCCCUUGCCCUGGUCCUGGUGUCUGGAUCCUGGCUGCUGGCUGUUGUAUGCAUCUUCUUUCUGCUCCUAUUCUUGUGGUUCCUUUCCAGCAAGCCCUGGAAGAAUUAUGUGUCCUACUGUUUACAUACAGACAUGGCUGACAUCACCAAGUCCUACCUGAGUGCUCGUGGCUCGGGUUUCUGGGUGGCUGAGUCUGGGGGGCAGGUGGUGGGCACGGUGGGUGCUCGGCCAGUCAAGGACCCUCCAUUAGGGAGGAAACAGCUGCAGCUCUUCCGCCUGUCUGUGUCCUCACAGCACCGAGGACAGGGGAUAGCGAAAGCACUGGUCAGAACUGUCCUCCAGUUUGCACGGGACCAGGGCUACACUGAUGUUGUCCUUACGACCGGCCUUUUGCAGCACGGUGCUGUGGCUCUCUACUACAGCAUGGGUUUCCAGAAGACAGGCGAAUCCUUCAUGGACUUUCUCACAUGGCUUAUGGAUGUUUCUCUAAUUCAUUUCAUAUACCCACUCCCUUCUACGCAGAAAUGUGAGUUGUGAUCUUUCUCUGUGUAUCUGUCAGCCUCUAGCUCACUGUGCUGUGGAACAAACAACCCCGAUACUGUAGUAAAUUACAAAACUGUC